AUGGAAAUGCCGGCACUAAGUUCCAUUUUCCUCCUCCUCCUCUUCUGCCUCCUGAUUGUCCAGUUUGUGAAGCUGCAAUGGAGAAAACGACAAUUCCCUCCAGGACCAACGCCUCUCCCCUUUAUCGGAUGCCUAUGGCAGGUGAAGUUUUUCAACGUCACUCGUGAGAGCCUGACCAAGGUACCGGUAUCUGUUUCCCAGCAGUUUGAUUGGCCGACAGGAUAUUAGGCGAGGAACGGGCAGUAGCAAAGGGAGCUUAAUGGCCAGUGGGUUGAUAAGAGGAGAUUGAUAGGAGAAGGGUGGUCGAGCUCAGUGGUCAAGCAUCCGUUGUUCAUGCAGAUGGUCCUUGCUUCAAUCACCAGCAUCUGAUGGUAGUCUUCUCUCUCUAAAACCCUAAAAAUCACCUGCAAGUCACUAUGGACAAGUCACUGGAUGCACCAAUAUUCUGAUUCAUCUUAGGGCUUCUUCUGAUGCUCUGAGUUUUGGAACUUUGGAUAUGCUAAAGUCUUGGUUGUCAAAUGAUUUUUUAAUACUGGGGUCUCUGUGGCCACAGCCCCCGCAUUUUCAAAUUAGGGUAUCGGCCUUUCUUUAGGAUGAUUACUUUUUUUGGGGUGGGGAGGGUUGGCCAGUGUGCUCUGUUAAAAGUCUCUGCGUUUUAAAAUUUGGAAAUUUAGAAAUGAAUUCUUGCUGCAGCGCAUCGUAAAAGCAACUGUACCUUCUGGAUUCAUGCUCAAGUUGGAAUUCUGUAUUCUUUAUCUGUCAGAAGAAGGCUGAUCAAUCAAAACAUGUCUGAUACUGGCUUUGCACAAUGUUUGUUUUCAUGAGAUUCUGCAUGUUAUUUCCAGUUUGUCAGUGGCAUAGCAUAUGAAGAUGAAUCUAUUGGCCAUUAGGCUAGGAUACUGAUUUUAGUAAGUUAGAAUCUUAAAGUUGUAUUUUGCAUGCCAUAGAUUUAUAUUUUACUUAUAGGCUACCUUGACUUUUCUUUCUAUCCAUAAAGUCCAUAAAGUAUGUUUAGCCUGGAAAAGAGGACAGUGAGAGGAGAUAUGAGAGCCAUCUUCAUAUAUACAUACAUAUAUAUAUAUAUAUAUAUAUAUAUACACACACAUAUAUACAUACAUACAUAUAUAUAUAUAUAUAUAUAUAUAUAUAUAUAUAUAUAUAUGGCUGUCACAUGGAAGAGGGAGCAUGCUUGUUUUCUCCUGCCCUCCAGAGCAGGACUUGAACCCAUGGCUUCAAGUUACAAGAAAGGAGAUUCUGACUAAACGUUUGGCAAAAGCUUUCUGACAGUGAGUGCUGUUCAGCACAAGAGGUGGUAGGCUCUCCUUCCUUGGAGGUUUUUAAACAGAGGUUGGAUGGCCAUCUGUCAUAGAUGGCUUAGCUGAGAGUCCUGCAUUGUAGGGGGUUGGACUAGAUGACCUUGGGGUCCCUUCCAGUUCUAAGAUUCUAUGAUUCUACUGCAUGCAAAAAUAGGUUUAUCAGGAGAAAUUCCCUCUAAAAUGCUGAGUGAUUUUUCAUGAGGAUUCAAAAGCAAAAUUUCAAAUUGCUGCAGAAAUGUGGAGGGUUGAAUUUAAGACUGAGAAAGUGAGAAACUGAGAGAUGCCCAAACUCUCAGAUUCACCCAUUGCUGUCUGCCACUGAGGUUCAGCCCAUCUCCUCUUUGGAGCCAAUUGCAAUGUGAAGCAAUCAGCAAGGUUUAUCGAGCCCCUUGUGAGCUCCAAUGGCUUUAGAAGGUUGCAAGGAGGGCAAAGUGGCCUCACUCUGCCCAGGGAGCCCUGCCAGGCACCAACCUUGCCAUUGUUUAGUCACCAUGCAAAGACCUCUUUGUUUUCCUGGCCAGCGAUAUAAUACUGUAUUGCUGUUUUUAAUGUGUUUAGAUGGUUUUGUUAUGGCAUUUCUAGACACUUCACUGCAAAAAACCCCCAAAACUUUGGAGCUUUUAAAAUUGGGAAGCGAUGCAUGAAUUUAAUGAACUUAGGCCAACCCAAAACUAAGAACAGAAUUGCUCAAAGGUUGGGUGUGGUUUUUAUUUGCCUGAGCUUCCCUGGUGUUUUCCUACAGGUGGCAAAAUCCUACGGGGACAUCUAUACUGUAUGGUUUGGUCCUCACCCUGUGGUAGUUCUGGAUGGGUUCCAAGCUGUGAAAGACGGUCUCACCACCCACCCAGAAGAUGUUGUUGGCCGGCCAGUAGUCCCGUUUUUUAGAGCUCUGGCAAACAAUAAAGGUAAGGCUGUCUCACUUGCGUAGGAACCACAGGGUCAUGUUGUUCCCACAGUAGAAUUUAAGGAGUGGCUCUGUGGUUUUAGUGGAGUUCCUCUUUAGUACACUUUGGUUAUAAAGUGCUCAAAAACCUAUUGCUUAUGAAAUCAACUGGCUGCUUCACACGGUGCAAAUCUUGGCUUAGCAAGACCCCACAAGCUCCUCAGCUUCCAGAUCCCUUUUGCAUUAUAUUUGGGGAAACUGUUUUGCAAAGAUUUCCACCCAAAUGCUGAUGAAUUUUCACAAGGACUUAAUUCCAAUCCCCUCCUACAAAUUGAUGCUCAAGGCAGCUUAUGGCAUGAAAUAUCAUGUAUGAUCAUGAUAGAAUUAGCCAUCAACAAUAAAUAAAAUGUUUUUUGUAAAAUCAUAAGAUAUAAAACAAAUAUACACAAAAAAAUAAUAUCAAUAAGAGCAACAACCCCCUCCAAGCAAUACCCCAGCUCAAGUGCCUGUUCAUUAGCUUCAGUUUUUGUAGCUGGAGUCAGUCUAGCAUCAAUCCAUCCAUCCGUCAGUCCUUCAGGGCUCUGCCCUCCCAGCACAGUUGGAAGAAGGUCUUCCAGGGCUCACAGGCAAUAUACUUUUUGGCCUCUUUAGCAGCCUCAGUUUUUGUAGCUGGAGUCAGUCUAGCAUCAAUCCAUCCAUCCGUCAGUCCUUCAGGGCUCUGCCCUCCCAGCACAGUUGGAAGAAGGUCUUCCAGGGCUCACAGCCAAUAUACUUUUUGGCCUCUUUAGCAGCCUCAGUUUUUGUAGCUGGAGUCAGUCUAGCAUCAAUCCAUCCAUCCGUCAGUCCUUCAGGGCUCUGCCCUCCCAGCACAGUUGGAAGAAGGUCUUCCAGGGCUCACAGCCAAUAUACUUUUUGGCCUCUUUAGCAGCCUCAGCUUUUGUAGCUGGAGUCAGGGUCUAUGCUAGUCAAAGUCCUGGAAUUGGAAACAGGGCUUUGGUGGCAACCUCCUAGCAUAAUAAGGGUUUGGAUUCAGUGCUCUGAAUGCAAAUAAUGGGUCACUGCAGCAGUCCACAGCUGACUUUCAAUGCCUCCAGGUAUCUUGCUGUCAACGGGCAGUACAUGGAAGCACCAGAGGAAGUUCUCGCUGAUGACUCUGAAGACAUUGGGGCUGGGGAAGAGGACGUUGGAGUACCAGAUCCAAGAUGAAGCUUAUCACCUGGUGGAGAACCUUAGGAGCACUAAAGGUACGGCACAGCUCAGGGUUGGGGGGAGAAUGUGCCCUUUAAUUUAUUUUCCAGUCCAGAACCCUGUUUUCUUCUUAUGCUCUCAUUAAUUUCAGCAAGCUAAAUCUAAGAGCAACCUCAGGAAGUUUUAAGGUUCCUCUUAGUUUUGAUUGCAUCUUAGAUGGAACAUGCAUUUAUUCAUGUUUUAUGUCUGUGCUAAUAGGCAUCUGAUUUGACCAGUGGUUGCAAGCCAUAAAUAUUGAUUAAAAGAGGAGACGAAAACACCAAACAAAAUACCUUUGGCUGGAGACCAAGGGAAAACCAUCAGGUUUUUGGAAUCGUGCAGCCAUGAUAUUUUUUUCCAAACCUUGUAUGAAGAACUGUAAUAGAUACUUGCAGUGCUCCCCCUCCCUUAAAAAUGUUUAGGGGCACCCUAAUACUGCACCCUAAUACUGCCCCUCAAUGAGGCCAAACUUAGAUUCACAAAAUGUUUAGGGGUACGCAUACCCCUGCGUCCCCCCAGAAAAAAGCACUGGAUACUUGUAUUUAUUGCAAUUAUAGCCAAGCUUCCUUCCAAGGACCUCAAGGCAGGAUACACUGAUCUUCCUUACCCCCAACCAUUUUUACCUUCACAACAACCCUGUGAGGUAGGUUAGGAUGAGAGAGAGUGAUAUAUGAAAGUCAACCAGUGAGCUUCAAGGCUGAGAGGGUGUGUGAGUCUGGAUCUAUUAAAUCUUAGUUUCAUACUCUAACUGCUCCCCAUGCUGACUCUUCAUCCUGGGUUGGCUGAGUGCAAAGGCCACGGCUGAUUCCUCAGAUUAAACCAGAAAAGUGUCCCAAUGUCUCUGUUGCCACAUUACUCAAUGAGAGAAUUUCAGCAUCAAAAUAUUUUGGUCUUGCAAGGCAAUUAAGGUAUCCCAGGAAUCAAACGAUGCCGCUUCACAUUGAAAUAAUAAGCAUGGGUGAGAUAAGAACUUCUUGAUAUCUCAGACUUGUAACAUGAAAGAAACGCUUCUCUUUUACUUCUGAAUUUAAAUUUUCUACAGUUCUGAAAUCACAUCCCGGCCCACACUGGGGCUUUUCUUCUGCAGUAUCUCCCACACCACCUGUUGCCAACACACACUUUGGCUAUUUUUGUUUAUGGUUACAUCUCACCCAAAAAUAAUAUAUUUAUUAAGACCAGCCAAAAAAUUACAAAAUAAUCAGCUGUGUAGGAAUUAUCUUGGGGUCAGAUCCUGCAUUGCUGGCUGACUAUUUUGUAACUUUUGGGCUAGCUUAUUGAGUUGUUUUUGUUUUUAUUAUGUAUUUUGUGUAUAUUGUGAUUUUGUAGUGUAGCUACCCUGAGACCUGCAGGUAUAGGUCGGUAUACAAAUUUAAUUAAUUAUGUCAUGGAUUUUUGUGUUUUUAUCUUGUAAACUGCCCUGUGAUGCUUGAAUGAAAGGCUGUAUGGAAAUUUAAUCAACAACAACAAUAAUAAUGAAUAACAACAAAUAAAUUUUCCUAAAGCAGCCCCACCCACCCUGGACUAAAACCAAACAAAAAACAACUUAUCCAACAACAGGAAACAAAGUGUGGUGGAAAUAUGAAGAAAAGGGAGUUUAGGUUCUUCCGCACUAAAAGAUGGAAUUCUUACAAAUGUAUAAUGUAGCUCCCGUAGCAGUGCCAUCUCUACAGAUCAAACUGAUUGAUUAGGCAUAUAUUGGGUAAGGCGAUCUCUCAGGUGCCAAGUUGUUAAGGGCUUUAUAUACUAACAGAAACGCAUUGAUCUUGGCUGGGUAGCAAAUCAGCAGCCAUUGCAGGUCUCUGAGCACAGAUGUCAUACACUGACAAGGCCUUGCUCCUGGCAGCAAUUGUGUUGCAGCAUACAUGCGUUGGAAUAACCAAUGCAUGAACUGCUUUGUCCAAGCUUUCCCAGUCCAGGAACAGUCAUAACUAACGUACUCAUUUCAGUUGGUAAAAGGCAUUUCUAGCCACGACAACUAUCUGAGCCUCCCGUGACCAAGCUGGAUCCAGAAACUCAUGGGAAUUGUAGUCCCAAACAUAUGGAGGACACCAGGUGGGCAAAGGUUGGUUGUAGCUUCUUCUGCUACAUUGAAAGGAUUGGCUCACAAAUGGGCACUUGAUGAUUCCAUUUGCAGGGAAACCCAUGAAUCCGUCCUUCGCUCUGACCCUCGCCGUUUCCAACGUGAUUUGCGCCGUGGUGUUUGGGCAUCGCUUCUCUACCGAGGACAAAAAGUUUCACGAGCUCCUGGAAGCAAUGGAGGCCAUAUUCAAAUUUGCUGGCAGUCUCGGUCACAACGUAAGCAAGCCGCUAUUUUGCUUUGCUUUUCAAUAUUUCCUUUCCCGAAAGGAACAGCAGUAAAAGGUUUCACUUUUGCUAGACAGUUUGUGGUGAGAGAAGAAUUUCCUUAGAAAAUAAAUACAAUCAUAUUUAUUAUGAUAUUUAACAAUUACAAUAUCCCCCAACAAUUAUGAUAAUUAAGUUUGAAGGCCCAAGGAGUCCAGAAAGUUUUUGUUUUUAUUAAAUGCAUGUAAGUGAACUUGAAGAUGAGCUAGAAAUCUUUCAAAGUUCUACCCCAAACCAAACUUAAUUCAUGUUCUGUUCACACGUCAAUUAUGGGAAGUAUUUUCUGGUGCAGUUCAGAAAUUAUUGAACUAUUUCAUACCCUUCAAGUGUCCUGAUAAAAUCGGGACAUCCUAAUUUUUCUCAUGAGAGCAUGGUGCCCAUUUUGGGCACCACAAUCUCAGGGCCACACUCUCGCAUAGGUCACAUGACUUGCCCUGGAAGACCUGCACCCAGUUUUUCGCCUCAAUGUGUUGGAGGGUAUCCUAUUUCAGCCUACUACCUAAAAGGUCUUCUGAAGCAUCUAGGCCUCAACCAGCCCUAUAGUUGAAAGAGUGUGGCAGGCCUCUCUAGGGAGGGAUUUCCAACGAAGGCUUAGCUCCUUAUAGCUGUCACCUAAGCCUCUUCAGGGCUUUCCCAGAUGACCUGAACAUUUCUUGAGAAGGUUCAUAUAGAGGUAAGCGAUCCCAUGGUUGCCUUGGACAUGAAGAAGCUGCCUCACACUGAGUCAGACCUCGGUUCCAGCUAGUAUUGUCCACACCGACUCUCCAGGGUUGCAGAUGUGGAGACAUUGCCAGACCUACCUGGAGAUGACAAGGAUUGAACCUGUCCCCUUCUGUGCACAGGACAGGUGCUCUAAUACAGCGCAGCAACUUUCUCUGCACCUCCAUCUGUUCAUGUCUCUUUCCCCAGAUUUAUAAUGUCGUGCCCUGGCUUAUGAAGUGUAUCCCAGGGCCUCACAAGAAGGCCUUGACCGCCCGAGACUUUGUGUGUUCGUUCAUAAGGAAGGAGAUCAACAAGCACCAGAUUGCAGGACUCCCAGAUGACCCUCAAGAUUUCAUUUAUAGUUACCUUGCUCAGAUAGAGAAAGUAAGUAGCUUCUUUGUUCAUGACCAGAACUGCUCAGGAUGUGCUGUCCUCAUCCUCUUCUCCAUAAUUUGAGCAAUUGCUCCAUCCCCAAUUAGAAUUUGUAUUUUUCUUCCUGCUGGGAAAUGCUCCUUUAUGAAUGUUUAGCUGCAAGCCCUUGGAAAUUUACAGCUGCAAGGGUGUCAUUAGGUGUGUCCGUUUUUCUAUUUCUUCUCUUCUGCAGACGAAAGACCAGCCCAAACCAGCCUACGAUGAAAGUAACAUGAUCCAGUGUAUAUUUGACCUCUUCUUGGGUGGAACAGAGACAUCCAGCACCACUCUCUACUGGGGAGUUCUGUAUAUGGUGCUUUAUCCAGACAUCCAAGGUGAGAUGAUGUAACGCUGCACCACUUUUGAAUUGUGCAAAUGAUGUUCAACUGCUGCGUCUUCUGAAUGACGCGGAAGAAAGCAAAACGUUGUCUUUCAUGCCAACCAACUAUUGUGUUGGGAUGAAUUUGCUAAAAAGUUUUGCAUGUGCUUUUUUGGUGUGUGUGUAAAUAAGUGAAUGUGUUUGGAUUCCACUCAGCGAACAUCCAGAAGGAGAUUGACGCGGUUGUGGCUCCCGGUCAAAUGAUCAGCGGCGAGGAUCGCAAGAAGCUGCCCUACACCAACGCCGUGAUCCAUGAGGUCCAGCGCUUCAGCAACAUCAUCGCGGUUGGGUUGCCCAGGUUAUGUGUGAAGGACACCAUGAUUCGACAGUUUACCAUUAAGAGGGUAAGUGAACCUCCACUGCCCACCUCCCCCGCUUCCUUCAAAUGUCUAAGAAAACGCUGCAGUGGUUUAUCAGAUACCACUUUUAGUUCUACCAUCGAAGGAAAGCUGGCCAUGUUUCUUCUUGGGCAGGAAAUAACAUUCUGCCCACCGUACAUCUAAAGCACAUGGUUUCCCCCAGAGAAUCAGGGGAACUGUAGUUUACUCACAAUGAAGCUACAUCCCCCCACACCCUCAAUAAACUGCAGUGUGCAGAAUUCUGUGGGGGAAGCCAUCUUCUCUAAAUGUGCUGUACAAGUAUGGUGUCCACACAGCCUUUGUGUCUUUCCCCAACGCAGAAGAUGUUGCACCAUCCCUGAGAGGUGAAGAUGCUCAGAGCAUUAUCUCUGGCCAACAAGAGGCCAACUGAGUGUCUCUUUGCCAGAGCCCUCUGCUUCUCCAGUUUGGUAGCGAAUCAUGCAAUUAUUUGAGAGAGGGGUUUUACUGAACUGAGAGCUGAGUGUAUGAUCUGCUUCCCUGGAGCAAGGCAGGACUGAAUCUCUGACUCUUUCUUUCCAGGGCACCAUGAUCUUUCCAAACAUGGCUUCUGCCUUGUACGAUCCCAACGAAUGGGCGACGCCCGAAAGCUUCAACCCCAACCACUUCCUUGACAAGGACGGAAAUUUUGUUUGUCCAGAAGCCUUCAUUCCAUUUUCUUUAGGUAGAUGAAAAGGCUGGAGACAAAAUCUUGGUGGUUUCCUUGAGGGUUUUGCUUUGCAUUGUUGGGAGCUGAAAGACAUAGUAGCACGCCUAAGGCUGCCCAAGGAGUAUAUGAAGAACAUAAGAACAUAAGAAGAGCUGGACUAGAUGGCCAAUGGCCCAUCUAGUCCAGCAUUAUGUUCUCACAGUGGCCAACCAGAUGCCUGUGAGAUGCCUUCAAGCAGGAUUCAAACACAAGAGCCCUCUCCUCUCCCGUGGUUUCCAGCAACUGGUAUUCAGAAGCAUUGCUGCCUCUCCAGCUAUGGAGACAAGCUACCAUGGCUAGUAGGAAUACAUAUUUUCUUAGGAGUGGCUCAUUUUCAUAGAAACACAGGGGGCUGCCUUGUCUACCCUGACAGUGUCUUUCCAGGGUUUCAGAUGUGGGGCAGGGAAGGAGGACCUUCUAAGCCAGGCAUAGGCAAACUCGGCCCUCCAGAUGUUUUGGGACUACAACUCCCAUCAUCCCUAGCUAACAGGACCAGUGGUCAGGGAUGAUGGGAGUUGUAGUCCCAAAACAUCUGGAGGGCCGAGUUUGCCUAUGCCUGUUCUAAGCCAUUCCUGGAGAUGUUCCACCACUGGCUCAGGUCAGCAGAUUUCCCCAUGGGAAUCCAGUUUGCCCCUCUAGGCUCCCAAUGCAUCUUCAUGCCCUGGAAUGAGCCUGAAGUCUUCACACUAAUGAGCGGUUAGCUUCAGGCUCUCAGCAGCAGCAGAGGGUGGUGGGGUUUUGUGUCAAUACUGAGCAAAAGGGUUGUGAAAGAUCUAGACACUAUUUUUCUGAGAAAGGUAUGCCCUGCUUUUCAACUUAAGAGUUCUCCAAAUGGCAAUGGAUGUGACUUUAUUGGGACCUAGUUGGCCACUGUGAGAACAGACUAGAUGGAUCCCCCUUUUCCUGAUCCAACAGCAGAGCUUUCCUUAUGUCCUUACGGUGCACAGUCUGACUUCAUCUCUCUCCUCCUCCUAUAGGGCAGCGAGUGUGCUUGGGAGAUCACCUGGCCAAGACGGAGAUGUUUCUUUUCUUCUCCAACCUCCUGCAGGCGUUCACUUUCCACUUGGCAGAAGGGUCAAAAGAUGUCAACACAGAGCCUGUUUUGGGGGGCACUUUGCAGCCUCACUACUUUGAGAUCUGCGCUAUCCCUCGAUAG